AAUUAUGAUAAUUGAUUAAAAAGUAUAAAGUCAUCUUGAACUGUCUUAAAUAUUGACCGGAUUUAAUUGAAUAAUAUACAAUUAAAAUGAACAAAAUAUUAGUAUUUGGCUCAACGGGUCAAACUGGCAUGGCAGCAGUUGAUGCAGCUUUACUACAAGGUUUAACUGUUCUUGCUUUUGUUCGAAAUACAUCUAAAAUUCCUGAUUCAUGGGGGUCAAAAGUUCAAACCGUUGUAGGUGAUGCCUUACAAUAUGAUACAGUUUUAAAUGCGGUAAAUCAAGGAGUCGAUGGUGUUGUUGUUGCAUUAGGGACACGAAAUAAAUUAGAGGCGACCACAGAUAUGAGUGAAGGAAUGAAAAAUAUUGUAAAAGCAAUGAAAGCAGCAAAUGUAACAACUGUGUCAGUUUGUCUAUCGUCCUUUUUGUUUAUGGAUCCAGAGAAAGUUCCAAAAAUGUUCAAUGAAAUAAAUGCUGAUCAUAAGCGAAUGUUGGAUGUAGUGAAAAAUUCUGGAUUAAAUUAUAUAGCUGUGUUUCCACCACAUAUUGCGGAUGAACCAAAAAGUAAUUACACAAUUAAACACGAUGCUUCACCUGGGCGUGUGAUUUCCAAAUACGAUCUUGGAGAAUUCUUAGUUUCAAGUUUAUCAAAACCAGAGCAUUACGGUAAAUCUUGUGGAAUAGCAAAAGUUGUUGGAUAAUUUCCUUUCUAAAUACUAAAAUGUUAGUAUCUUUGUAAUUGUUUUAUGGUUGUUGCUCUUUGAGCAUUAUUUUUUACUGCAUUGUAUAGUUUGUAAAAUGGCUAUAAAAGGAUUAAAUAAUUAAUCAAAACUAAAA